AGAGAGGCAGGCUGAAUUAGGAGAUGCUUUUGUGUUUCUACAAGGUUGACAGACUCCAGAAACCACGUUUCUGUGAGUUAGAGCGGACUCCACGGUACCACCGUGCAUCAGCCGAGCCCAGUCUAAGGGAGCUGAACAGGUCGCCUUCAAACACAAUACAGCAACACAAAGCAUCUGUCUUUGUUUGACAAAAGGAAGCAAUGUCAGGGUUGAAGAAACGAUGUUCAAACACGUCUGCGGACCGGGAUGAAGACGACAAGCAAGUGAUGGAGAAGAUGCUUUCAAGCAGAGGUGGGAAUGGGAACAUAAACCGACCAGGAGACGGCACGCCUGAAAGCCCCAACGCAGAUAUUACCUCAGCGGCGGACGGAGAAGGGACAGUCGAACUGAAAAGAACUAUAACUCUCGUCAACGGCGUGGCCAUUAUUGUAGGCACCAUUAUUGGCUCUGGCAUCUUCGUUACACCGACGGGAGUGGUGAAAGAAGCCGGUUCAGUCGGGCUGUCGCUGGUCGUGUGGGCUGUAUGCGGCGUCUUCUCCACUAUAGGUGCUCUGUGCUACGCCGAACUGGGGACCACCAUCUCCAAAUCUGGGGGUGACUACGCAUACAUACUUGAAGUUUACGGCUCCCUACCUGCGUUUCUUAAACUCUGGAUCGAGCUUCUCAUCAUCAGGCCGUCCUCGCAGUAUAUUGUCGCCUAUGUUUUCGCUACCUACCUCCUGAAGCCCAUCUUUCCCAUCUGUCCUGUUCCAGAGACGGGUGCUAAGCUUAUCGCCUGCCUGUGUAUCUUGUUGUUGACCGCUAUCAACUGCUACAGUGUGAAGGCCGCCACAAGGGUUCAAGAUGCCUUUGCUGCUGCUAAGCUACUCGCCCUGGGCCUCAUCAUCAUUAUUGGCUUUGUGGAGAUCGGCAAAGGUGAUACUACUGAGCUAUUGCCUGAAAAUUCGUUUAAAGGAACCAAUACAGACUUUGGUAACAUUGGAAUGGCUCUUUACAGUGGGCUGUUUGCUUAUGGAGGAUGGAAUUAUUUGAAUUUUGUCACAGAGGAGAUGAUCGAGCCAUACAAAAACCUGCCUCGGGCUAUCAUCAUCUCGCUCCCCAUUGUCACCAUUGUCUAUGUGCUGACCAACCUGGCCUACUUCACCACACUCAGUCCGGAGCAAAUGCUCGGAUCUGAGGCUGUUGCUGUGGACUUUGGAAACUACCACCUGGGACCAAUGGCUUGGAUAAUCCCUGUGUUUGUGGGCCUUUCCUGCUUUGGCUCUGUGAAUGGCUCUCUGUUUACUUCAUCUAGGCUGUUCUUCGUGGGCUCCCGAGAAGGUCAUCUUCCCAGUUUGUUGUCGAUGAUCCACCCUGACCUUAUGACCCCACUGCCUUCACUUAUAUUUACUUGUAUCAUGACACUUCUCUACGCUUUCUCCAAUGAUAUCUUCUCAGUCAUUAACUUCUUCAGCUUCUUUAAUUGGCUCUGCAUCGCCAUGGCCAUCCUCGGCAUGAUGUGGUUACGCUACAAGAAACCUGAAUUAGAAAGACCAAUUAAGGUCAAUAUUCUGCUGCCCAUUGUCUUCGUAUUGGCCUGCCUGUUCCUCAUCGUGGUGUCCAUCUGGAAGACCCCUGUGGAGUGUGCUAUAGGAUUUGGAAUCAUCGCCACAGGAGUUCCUGUGUACCUCUUUGGCGUUUGGUGGCAGACCAAGCCAAACUGGCUCUUGCAGAUCAUCUUCUCUGCCACGGCGACAUGCCAGAAGCUGAUGGAAGUGGUACCUCAGGAGUCCUGAAGACCAAAAGUGACCACUGCCUCUUCCACGUACAAGUCUCCUCGUACCAACCUCAGUCCCCCUUUACUGUAUUCCUCGACUGCCUCACCUCCUCUUGUGUUAUCUAAAUCUAUAUGAAUUACCACAUAAGAAACCAGACAACAUCAGGUCACAGGAGCAUUUUGGUUGAGAUGUAGAUUUUGCCAGUCCUUCCUCAAUCAAAUGUAUUAUACUGUAU